CCAGGGGAGGCGCAUCGAGACGACGGCCGCGAACUUUGACGUCGUUGGAGAGAGAUUUUUAUUUUGUUUUGUUAAAAACAAACUAAAGAAAUAUAAUUGUCAACAUGGCGAGUUGCGUCAAAAACGUUUUGUGGCUUCUGGGCAUCCUCCUAAUCCAUCGUGGGGAUCAGCCAAGAAUGUCCACGAUCGAUAACUCAACAACAACCUUCUACGAGUUGAUGAUCAACAACAACAACAACCACCACAACCAAUCAUCUCUCCAAAACAGCAGCGAAGACGCCGUCGCGUUUGACGUCAGCCCCGCAGCGUCGCACGCGCGCACCCGCCCCAGCGGUGGACACGCCAGAACCGCCGAGGCCACCUCGGCCGUCUCCCGCAGCGUCCCGGCUCAACGUCCCUUCGGCAGACUCCCACCCUGCGCCAAAGUGGAAACCUCCUACUCCGACGGCGGCCUCAACGUUCUGUACCACGUCGUCAUCACCCUCGUGCAACUGUGGUUCUCCGUGCGUCGCAAGACGGCCACGAUGGUGGCGGCGCCCAUUGUGGGCAGGGUCAGAGGUCACAGACGAGACCUCGGCCCUGCUCUUCGGGCGGCUGCAGCCCGGAGAAGACGUGCACGCAACGCUGCCAGCAGACGCGGCCGCAACCGGGCCCACGUCCCCCAGCCUGCACUCCUGCCCACGCCCCCAGCACCCGCGGAGACCAGCGCCGAGGAUGCCUGCCAACAUAGCCCAUCUCCACUGCCGCCCACCCCUCCAGUGCCGGUGGAGAUGGAGGCUCCAGAACCCACCCAGUUGAGCCCAUCUCCACUGCUGCCCACCCCUCCAGUGCCGGUGGAGAUGGAGGCUCCAGAAACCACCCAGUUGAGCCCAUCUCCACUGCUGCCCACCACUCUCGUGCCGGUGGAGAUGGAGGCUCAAGAAUCCACCCAGUUGAGCCCAUCUCCACUGCUGCCCACCCCUCCAGUGCCGGUGGAGAUCAGGGCUCAAAGACUCAACGAUCUCAGCCCAUCUCCACUGCUGCCCACCCCUCCAGCACCAGCAAAGACCAGCGCUCGCGAGGCUGGCCGGCGAGACAUCCCUUCCCUGAUGUCUCUCGUUACAUCAUCCCCGGUUACCAGCGCUCGCUAUGGUUGCCGCGGACAGAGACCACCGCCACCGGUCACUCCGCCACAAUCCGCCGCCGCCGACGACGACGAUGCGCUCGCCGGAGCUGGUCCUCCGGUGUGUUCUGCCCGUCCGCGCCGCACGCGGCGCCGUCGGCGUCCCCUGCGUCCCCGCGGUGACGCUGGAGACGUCCCGCCGUGGAUCGGGUAUCAAGACCCCAACGGAUUUACUUUAACAUGAGAAGAGAACACCGCUCCCGAUACCAGGUGGUCUGGUAGCGAACGAUUCGCCCGACAACACGGAGCGAUGCACCCACCGAGACCAGCACACGCUCGCACAAGCGGGUGCAGCUCCCUUUGGUGGACAUUGCCAUUUUGGGCGGGAGUGGGCGAGUUUAUUUUAAACAAUAAAACUUGUGUUCCUUACCGCAGUUGUCAGCGCGUCGUACGUGUGGAUGUGGAUUGCGGUGCAUGAGAAUAAGGUGCAUUACAUGUGCUCAACACACACACUUAAACAUCGUGCAUAGAC